CAGUCCCUUCGUGUGUACGUUUCCAAAGUGGAUGAGGAUGUUAAUUGUCGGAGUUCAGGUGUAAUCAUUCUCUAUUAUGAAACAGUUACAAAAGUAAUUAGUAAAUUAUCUUGAACUUUAAAACGAUUUAUUGCAGUUUCUACAUGUCAUCAUUUGGAUGCAGUUCCCCAGAAUGACCCAACCUCGACCCAACGAGUUUAUUCCACCACCGGAGUGCCCUGUCUUUGAGCCCAGUUGGGAAGAAUUUGCCGACCCAUUCGUGUUUAUCAACAAAAUACGGCCCAUUGCAGAAAAUACUGGCAUCUGUAAGAUACGACCGCCACAGGGAUGGCAACCACCAUUUGCUUGUGAUGUGGACAGACUGCAUUUCACUCCACGAAUACAGAGACUCAAUGAACUAGAGGCUCAAACCAGAGUGAAGCUCAACUUUCUAGACCAGAUUGCCAAGUUUUGGGAGCUGCAGGGCUGUACACUAAAAAUCCCUCAUGUGGAGCGCAGGUCUCUAGACCUGUACCAGCUCUACAAGCUGGUGACAGAGGAGGGUGGCUUUGACAUAGUCUGCAGAGAGCGCAAAUGGACCCAAAUUUCUCUCAAGAUGGGCUUUGCACCUGGCAAGGCCAUUGGUUCUCACCUGCGAGCCCACUAUGAAAGGAUUCUCUACCCUUACUCCCUGUUCCAGACAGGAGCCAACCUUCCGAACUCCCAGAAGCCCACUCUUACCAAUGACACCAAAGAUAAGGAGUAUAAGUCUCAUGACUUGCCCCAGCGGCAGUCAGUACAGCCUGCAGAAACCUCAACCAUUGCUCGCAGAGCCAAGCGCACAGAGGGCCGCUGCUCUAAGACUGAGCAUGCAGAACAGUGUGAGAGCAGGCCCAACCUGAGGAGGAGAAUGGGCUCGUAUGUGGCCAAACCUGAGCCUGUAAACAUUCCAGUCCAGGUAAAACAAGAGCUCAUCGAACCAUCUGGAUUGAUAGUUGAGUAUGAGAAAUCAAAGGUGGAGCAGUACAUAUGUUUGGUGUGUGGUGGAGGAGGUGAUGAAGACAGGCUGCUCCUCUGUGAUGGGUGUGAUGACAGUUAUCACACCUUUUGUCUGAUCCCACCCCUACCUGAAGUCCCUAAAGGGGACUGGAGAUGCCCCAAGUGCCUGGCACAGGAGUAUGGCAAGCCUCAGGUUGCAUUUGGUUUUGAGCAGGCCUCCAGAAACUACACUCUCCGCUCUUUUGGAGACAUGGCAGACUCCUUCAAAUCCGACUAUUUCAAUAUGCCUGUUCAUAUGGUCCCUACAGAGCUGGUUGAGAAGGAGUUCUGGCGUUUGGUCAGUACCAUUGAAGAGGACGUCACAGUAGAGUAUGGUGCAGACAUUGCUUCAAAGGACUUUGGCAGUGGCUUCCCUGUCAAGAAUGGCACCUUCAGAGUGGCACCUGAUGAGGAGCAUUACCUCAGCAGUGGGUGGAACCUGAACAACAUGCCUGUGUUGGACGCCUCUGUGUUGACUCACAUCACAGCUGACAUAUGUGGCAUGAAGCUGCCAUGGCUUUAUGUAGGCAUGUGCUUCUCCUCUUUCUGCUGGCACAUUGAGGAUCACUGGAGCUACUCUGUUAACUAUCUCCACUGGGGAGAGCCAAAGACAUGGUAUGGUGCUCCUGGCUAUGCAGCAGAACAGUUGGAGGCAGUGAUGAAGAAACUGGCUCCUGAGCUCUUUGAGUCACAGCCAGAUCUGCUUCACCAGCUGGUCACCAUCAUGAACCCCAAUCUCCUAAUGGAGCAUGGAGUCCCAAUUUAUCGCACUAACCAGUGUGCGGGCGAGUUUGUCAUCACCUUCCCCAGAGCCUAUCACAGUGGGUUCAAUCAGGGCUUCAACUUUGCAGAGGCUGUCAACUUCUGCACAGUGGACUGGAUGCCUCUGGGUCGAGAGUGCGUGGAACAUUACCGCUCUCUGCACAGAUACUGCGUUUUCUCGCAUGACGAGAUGGUGUGUAAUAUGGUGUCCAAGGUGGAAAACCUGGAGUUGGAGCUGGCCUCUGCCAUCCAGAAGGACAUGGGCAUUAUGGUUCAGAAAGAGCAGGCGCUACGUGAGAGAGCCUAUAAACUGGGGGUGUGGCACUCCCAGCAGGUGGACUAUGAAGACCAGCCAGAUGAGGAGCGGCAGUGCACUAAGUGCAGGACCACCUGCUACCUGUCUGGCAUCACCUGUCCCUGUAGUCCUGGCCAGCUGGUGUGCCUACACCACAUCCAGGACCUGUGCUCCUGCUCCCCCAGCAACUACACCCUCAACUAUAAGUUCACCUUGGGCAUGCUGAACCAGAUGUUUACAUCUGUGGCCUCACGUGCUGAGUCUUAUGAUGAUUGGGCUUCGAAGGUUAACAAGAUUCUGAAAGCUAACCAAGACAACAAAAGUGACUUGGAGGAACUGCGAGGGCUGAUUGGGGAGGCAGAAAAGAAGGCAUACCCCGAUACAGACCUGCUGCGGCAUUUGCGCCAGAUCAUCCAGGAUGCAGAGAAGAGUGCCUCGAUGGCCCAGCAGCUGCUCAAUGGCAAGAGACAGACCAGGUAUCGCAGCGGUGGAGGGAAGUCUCAGAACCAGCUCACUGUGGAGGAACUGAGGUCAUUUGUCCAGCAGCUCUAUGACCUGCCCUGCAGUAUCAGACAGGCCCCUUUCCUCAAGGCACUGCUGAGCCGCGUCGAGCACUUCCAGCAGCGAAGCGCCGAUCUCCUAGCUGAGGACAUGCCCGGCUCCUCGGCCCUGCAGGGCCUGCUGGACGAGGGCUCAGGCCUGGACGUGGAGCUGCCAGAGCUGAGCGUACUGCGGCAGAGGCUGGAGCAAGCACGCUGGGUGGAGGCAGUGCAGCAGGCCAGUGAGCAGCCAGCCAGCCUCAGCCUGGACUGCAUGAGGAGACUGAUUGACCAGGGUGUGGGUUUGGCUCCGCACGCCUGCGUGGAGAGGACCAUGGCCCGUCUGCAAGAGCUGCUCACUGUGUGUGAGCACUGGGAGGAGAAGGCCCAUAACAUGCUGACUGCCAGACCUCGGCACGAUGUGGAGACCCUGGAGUCAGCUGUGCUGGAAGUGAACAGUAUUCAUGCUUACCUGCCUAACUGUCUGCAACUCAAAGACUCUGUCAACAGAGCCAAAGAGUGGCUACAGGAAGCAGAUGCCCUUCAGCUCGGGGGUCGUGUACCUGUGCUGGCCAGUCUGACUGAUUUGGUCUCAAAAGCCAAGAGCAUCCCGGUCCUGUUGGAGCCCCUGGCACGACUGGAGAGCCUGGUGUCAGAGGUGCAGACCUGGAAGGAGGGCGCAGCUAGAACAUUCUUGCUGAAAAACUCUUCCCUCUCCCUCCUGGAGGUCCUGUGCCCCAGAUGUGAGGCAGGAUCUCAGAAAUCGAAGUCGAAAAGGGUGAAAGACGUCUCACCAACUGGCAAAAAGCCAAUUGUAAGACUGGACUGCAUCAAUGAUGUGGAGAGAGCUCUCUCUGAGAGCAAAGACACAGCCUCAGCAAUGGCCACUCUUAGUGAGGUGCGUCUGAAGGAGUUGGAAAGCCUGUCAAGCCUGAGGACCACGAACGAGGCAAAGUUUCAGCCUAUGCCCAGUGGUUCCGUCCCUACAGUGUGUCUGUGUCAUACGGUGCCGGCAGGCCCCAUGCUCCAGUGCGAGCUGUGCCGUGAUGCUUACCACAGCGGCUGCGUGCCUGGCGCCACGGAGGUGCAGGCGGGGCAUCCGUGGCUGUGCCCACUCUGCACGCGGUCCGAGAAGCCGCCUUUGGAUAAGGUCCUGCCCCUGCUCGCUUCUCUGCAGCGUAUCCGGGUGCGGCUCCCAGAGGGUGACGCGCUGCGUUACGUGAUCGAGAGGACAGUGCGUUGGCAACAUAGGGUGCAACAGGUCUCGCCUGUUACCCAACAGUUUUGUGGAAAAUUAAGACCUGUGUCUGGAAUGACUUCAUCUCUAACCCUGGAAGGGAGCAAUGGCUCCUUCUACAUGCAACAUCCAUGCAUUCCUCUCAGUGGUCUGAGUUCGGAGCUGGAGGAUCUGCUGGUGGAGGGCCUCCUGCUGCAGGUGACAUUGCCCGAGCUGCAGCAGCUGUACCAGGGCUUCCUAAACCAGCUCUCCCCCUCCCAUCACUCACUACAGAGCAGUGAGCAUGACCACCAGUACCACAUCGCUCAGGACAGGAGCCCACCCUACAGAACCACCAUCCCCAAGAGCCCGUCCCCCAAGAGCCCGUCCCCCAAGAGCCCACCCCACAGCAAAGCCCAGGAUGUAGUGAUGGAGUUGCAAAAGGAGACCGAGAAGCUGGAAAAGAACCCCAAGAGACGCUUGGAGAAGGAAAACUCUGACGAGCAGGACAAGGACAAAGUCAAGAAACCCAAGAAAAAGAAGCCCAGAAUGAUCAAGGAAAGAAGGUGUGAGGAGAAAAGAACCACCUCUCCUUCCAACUCGCUUUCAGACCCAUCCUACUCUGAGGAUUCAGAAGAGGACUGGUCUGUGUGCUCAGCAGAGCGAUGUCAGCAGCCAGAGGGAAAUGAGGUAAACUGGGUCCAGUGUGAUGGCAGCUGUAAUCAGUGGUUCCACCAGAUUUGCGUGGGUGUGUCUGCUGAGCAGGCUGAGAAUGAGGACUACAUCUGUAUCAACUGCUCAACAAACUAUUUCACACAAUGAGGACCAAACAGAAAUGCUUUGGAUAGUUAAGACUUUUGAGUUUUGCACAUGAGUUAUAGCAUCAAGUAUGCACCAGAUCCCUUUCCCUGGCCCCCAGCAGUUCUGGUCUGUCCUCCCUGUUGCUCUGGUGCUAUGUUCUUCUUAAUAGGACUGUUAUCUGGAAACAUUAAGACUCUUAUCACCUCUUUCUGGUAUUUUUACAUUUCCUCCUAUAAACUUACUUUCUCUUGUCUAGAGGACAUGACACAGAGAUGUACCUCAGGUGUUUCCAUCCCAUAAAUACAAGGUAGGGGGUGUCUGCUCCCCCAAAUGUAAAGUGGGGUCUGUUUUUCAGAAGCCCUGAUAUCAUCUAACAUGAACUAAUCAGAUUUUGGGGCUGUUUUUUCACCAAAUUACAUUAAUUGGACUAAACAAAAUGGUCUGCAUUUAUAUUUUGGAACCCUGCUUUGGUACAUGUGUCUAAUCUGUUAUUUAUUUAUCCCAGCAAAAACAAAGCUGGUUACCCUGAUUUUCUGUAGCUUGAGAUCUGCUCUGAUCUGUAGCUUCUUGCAUUAGCGCUGGUUGUACAGAAUCCUGAUGUAGGUUGUCUGAGUGAUGUAGCAGAGAGAAGUGAAAUAUACUUUGUGAUGUAUGCCGUUUCUUUAAAAAAAAAGCUAUAAUGUUAAUUCAGUUGUGGAAUAAAAUGGUUUGUUCUCGCUGAUCAUAAGUUCAAGAAGGUGAUGGCAUGGAAGAUCUUAUUUUGAAAUUACCCAUUAAUUCGUUGUUUUAUUUUGGUGUGAUUAACAUGAACGUGACAAAUUAAACUUGUACAAACCAUUAAACGUGGUUAAAAAUGGCGUCAGGACCACAACGGCA